GCAUGACCGGAUGUAGCAGUUCAUGGUCCCGGAAGUUUCCGGGAUUGCGAGUGUGAUCGCAGUGAACCCACGCUGCUCCUGAUACAGGGUGAAGCCGGUGUUUGGACCCACCUUUGUGUGCGUGUGCGUCAUGAUGCUGGAGAGGAGCUGGGUGACGGUGGUGGCGGAGAUCCUGUUCAGCAGGACGCGCUCCUCCUCCUCCGAGGAGGAGAGGAUCCACUGCCGCUGCUCCAGAGCCUUCGUGCAGGAUCGGGAGCUCUAUCGCUCUGACAACCGACUGCUCCCGUUUGAUGUGGCCGACACCAGAGUCCAAGAAGCAGAUGAUGAAGAGGAGGAAGAGGAGGAGGAGGUGUUGGAUGAAGAGGCUCAGCUGAUGGCCAGCAUGGGUCUGCCGGUGGCCUUCCUCUGCUCCUCGGACCGGAGGAGAGCGGGGAGGAGGUGCAACAGGAAGCCCGCCCAGGCCGAGUCAGCCGAAGAGGAGGAAGACGAUGUCCAGGCGGACCACUCGGGUAAGAUGGGUGUGGAGGUAGCGUGUGAUCCACCGGAGGAGGAAGGACCAGGAGGGACCGCCGCCGCCGGCUGGGAGGCCUACUGGGCUCAGCAGGGAGCCGCUCUGCUGUGGAGCCGCUGGCUGGAGGCGCACCCAGAGACUGACCCAGGGUCAGCCGCCGCGCUCUGGGACCGGCACGCCGCCGAGACCUACGCCUGCUACUGGGAGCAGUACUGCUACUGGUCGGCACAGGGCUGGACCACCGGGGGGGGAGGAGGAGAGGAAGGGGGCAACGAGACGCUCCCAUUGGACGAGAGGGAGGGGCUUCCCGGGGCUGAGAGCCAAGGAGGGGAGGCUCCUCACGACGACGCCGUGCAGGAGUUAAAGGAUCUGCUCGGACAGAAGUGCACGCUGGACGCCGGGGGGGGGCGUGCGAGCGACUCGGAGGCGGAGCAACGGCGCGGGGGCGUGGCCGAGGGAGCCGGGGGCGUGGCCGGGGGAGAUCCACGCGGCUCCGACCCGCCUUCCGACGGGGGCGGCGAUCGCAAGAGACCCGCCUCCUCCUCGCGGCGGGACGGCGCGGACUCCCAGCAGGCCGCGGGGCCCCCGCCCCGACGGGAUGAACCGCCAAGCGGAGGAAGCCGUGACGACCAUGAUGAAGAGGACGGACCUCCAGCAGGAGGAGGGGCCAGAGUCAAACGCAGCCAUGAGCUGGACGUGGAGGAGAGCCCACAGCUGAGCCCCGAGGAGGCCUGGAGCCGCCUGGGCCUCAGGCACAACCCGGACCCCACGUUCCGCAGCGUGUUGAGCUUCAGAAGCGGAGAGACGCCUCCGAGGCGGCGCUGGACCAAGAGAGCCAUCGGCAAACACACCCGCUUCACAGGCCACGCCCCCACCGGCCACGCCCCCACAGGCCACGCCCCCACCGGCCACGCCCCCACCGGCUCCGCCCUCUCCAAGGUGAAAACCUUCCUGGAACAGAAGCAGAGAGAGAGGCAGGAGGUGGGAGGAGCGGGGGAGGAGCCAGAGGACGGGCCUCCGGUUCUGGAGGAAGUGAUGGGAGAGGAAGAGGAGGAGAAGAGGAGGAAGAUGACGGAGCCUGCAGAGGAUGGAGGAGGUUCUUCUUCUCUGAGACACCUUCCCUCUGGGACUGAGGAGGAGGAAGAGGAGGAGGAGGAGCAGCCUGGCAGACAGUUAACAUGUCUAGAAAUUCCUGACUCCCACAUGUCUGAGGCACCUGAAGGCACCACGGAGUUCAGUGGGAGAAAGGUAAAGAAACCAAAGAACAGGAGGAAGGGCGGUCGAGGGAGGCGGAGCCAGCCGGUUCCAGCUGAGAUGGCAUCAGAACCCGAGCUGGCGAAGUACUGGGCCCAGCGGUACCGCCUGUUCUCCCGCUUCGACGAGGGCGUGCGUCUGGACCGCGAGGGCUGGUUCUCCGUCACCCCGGAGCGGAUCGCCGAGCACAUCGCGCUGCGGGUGGAGCGCAGCUUCCCCGAGGCCCGGCUGGUCGUCGACGCCUUCUGUGGCGUUGGAGGCAACGCCAUCCAGUUCGCCCUCGCCGGAAAGAGAGUUCUGGCCGUGGACAUCGACCCGGUGCGGUUGGACCUGGCCCGGCACAACGCCACGGUCUACGGUGUCGCCGACCGGAUCGACUUUGUGCGAGGAGACUUCCUGCAGCUGGCGCCCCGUCUCCGUGGCGACGUGGUGUUCCUGUCCCCGCCGUGGGGGGGGCCGGACUACCUGACGGCCGAGGUGUUUGACAUCAGGACCAUGAUGCAGCCCGAGGGCUUUGAGAUCUUCCGUCUGGCCAAACUCAUAUCAGACAACAUUGUGUACUUCCUGCCUCGCAACGCUGACAUGGACCAGAUCGCCUCCCUGGCCGGGGCGGGGGGGCGGGUGGAGGUGGAGCAGAACAUGCUCAACAACAAGCUGAAGACGCUCACCGCCUACUUCGGCAGCCUGAUGAAGACCGACGGGGAAUAAAGGACCAGGAAGAGUUUCUUCUUCUUCUUCUUCCACCUGGACUUGUUCUCCAUGUCGUCAGCUUGUUCUUCUGUUUGAGUUCCAUGACGGUUCGUUUGCUCACAGCGUGUCGCCCCGUGUGACCCAACCAUCUACUUAUCAUAGUGUUCUAUGUUGUGAAGUGUUUCUGAGUUUUGUGUUCCACAGAGUUAAAGUGGAGUUGGCGACCUCUAGUGGUGAUGUAGCGGAAUGGUCUGUUCAAAGACACAUAUUUAAAUGUUCUGCUGGUUUUGAGUAUUUUUAAUUAUAUUACAUAGUUAUUCAGAUAUUUCCCCAUGAAUGCGACACAAUGGCCCUUUUUAAGUUGACACUGAGAAAAGACAGGGUUUUUACAAAUAACAUUGUACUUGUGUUAUUAUUGUUCUUAAAGCUAAUAAAUAUUUUUUCACAUUGUU